GCAGAAUGAGCGAGCAGAAAAAAACCUUCCACCCGACAUAAUUCCGAGGCGCUGAACGCGCGGAGCCGCCGGGAGCGCGGAGCUCGGCGCGGCGUGUCCCUCGGCGCCGCCCGUAGCUGGGCCCGGGCCGCGAUGGCGGCGCGGGGCCGGGCCGCGGAGCGCUGGGCCGCCGGACGGCGCCGGGAGCUGGAGGAGCGCGGCCGGCAGCGGUGGGAGCGGGUCAGCCGCGCCUUCGCCCGCGACGCCGUUUGCUGCGCCAGGCAGGCGAGGUGGAGCGCACCCCGGGGCGGCGGGAGGGCGGCGGGGCGGCGGGAGGAAGAGGAGGAGGAGGAGGCGGCGGCGGCGGCGCGGCUGGAGGAGCGGCGGGAGCGGCUGCGGCGGCUGCUCGGGGAAGAGCGGGAAGCGCUGGCGGCCGAGCUGAGGGAGCUGCGGGCGGGCGGCGGGAUGCGGCGGCGGAGCGAGGAGCUGCGAACCGGCCGGGAGCAGCGGAGGAGGAAGGUUGCUGAGCAGCUGCUCUACGAGCACUGGAAGAAAAACAACCCUCAGCUCCGGGAGGUAGAGUCGGAGCUGCACAGGAGGCACGUGGUGGAGGCUUGGGGUGAGCAGCUAACGGAGAAAACCAAGAAAGAAGCAACUGAACUUGAAGAGAAAAAACGUUAUGAAAAUAAGUAUGAAAUUGCACGAAGAGAAGCACUGGAAAGAAUGAGACAAGAGGAAGAGAAACGUCGGCUGGAAGAGAAGAAGCAAGCGGAGGUGUUGCUUCAACAAAUAGAAGAACUGAAAUUACAGGAGACAGAGGCAACAAAGCUGAAAAAAGAACAAGAGAAUUUAUUAAAGGAGCAGUGGGAGCUGGAGAACUUGGAAGAAGAAAGGAAACAAAUGGAAGAGCACCGGAAGAAGAAAGAGCUUGGUCGCUUUUUGAGGCAUCAGUGUAAUGUCCAGUUAAAGAGACGAGCCCAGCAGAUACAAGAGGAGCUGGAGAUAGACAGGCAAAUCUUAUUAGCCCUCCUGGAGAAAGAAGAUGAGGAUCAGCGCCGCCAGUCCGCGCGACGAGAGCGGGCUGUUGCAGAUGUUGCCUGGAUGAAACAUGUCAUUGAGGAGCAGCUCCAGUUGGAAAAGGAGAGGGAAGCAGAGCUGCAGACUUUUUUCAGAGAUGAAGCUAAAAAAGUGUGGGAGAAGAGGGAAGAAGAAUGGGAAAGGGAAAAAGCAGCCAGAGAUCGCCUGAUGAAUGAGGUGCUUGCAGGCAGACAGCGCCAGAUCCAAGAGAAGAUGGAAUUAAACAGACGAGCCCAAGAAGAGUCUGUGAAGUAUCGAGAGCAGCUGAUUAAAGAACUUGAAGAGGCGAAAGAGCUGUCUAGGCGAGAGAAGGAGCAGGAGGAGGAGCUGAAGACAGCCCGGCGGCAGGAGCUGGACGCGCAGCUGAGGGAACGCCGCUUACAACAACGGGAGGAGCAGCGGCGCCAGCGGGAGGAAGAGGAGGAGGAGGAAUCAGCCCGGCAGCGCUGCGAGGAGCUGGUGCGGCGGGAGGCCAGGCGCGUGGCGGAGCGAGGGUAUCGCAGCCGGCUCUACAGUUACCCAAAAGCAGCCUGGACCUGAGGAGUCCUGGACUUUGUACCGGAGGAAUGAGCACCAACUGCAGCUGCAGGCUACAGAAAGCAAACUUGGAAGAAUCAAGGAACUCCUGAAAUAAGGUGGUUUUGGAAUAGCUUACAAUGAGGCCAAGACUUAACUCAGUAAUUUCUGAAAAAUGUUUCGCUGUGGGCCAGCUGCUUCUGGCCUCAGGACUGCGGAGGUGUGAGCAUCCUUGGAAGACUGAACGGUUUCACUUACUCCGUGUUCAGGGAGCGGGAUGAUGUAGUUUAGUACGUGGUACAGUGGGGCCAUACAGCAAAUAAACUUUUAGGAGUUAAUUCAUAACACACUGCAAAUCAGUAACAUGGAUAACGUGUGCCAUGGCCAUAAUUCUUGAUGUCCAGCUCCUUUCCAGAAGGACCUAAUUCUGACUUGUUUCAUAAAUAAUUAACAAUUGCAA